CAUUUCUAAAAAUUAAUAUUGGGAAAAAAGAAGGAAAUUAAAAUAGAGGUGGUGGUUCGUAAAUGAGCUAAGAACAAACACUUGUUAUAAUUUCCCGUGUCGCUGCAUCUUCUUCUUCAUCCAUCGAUUUCUCUCAAUUAGGGUUCUGAUUUUUCUUCCCAUUGUUGUUCUCCUUCUCCGUUUCGUCUCAAUUACAGAACAAAGCUUCGUUUCUCCAGGUUUAAGAAAGAAUGGAAGGUACAGAUGAUGCUUCUGCACUUCAAGAGCCUCCUGACCCCGAAGUGCUCGAAGUUGAUCCAACUUUUCGAUAUAUACGGGUAUGAAGAGGCUCUUUGGAAAUUGGAAUGCUAUCUUUUUUCUAUUUGUUAAGUGUUUUACCAUUCAAUUGGUCGAUACUAUGAAACCAAGUUCCACCUCCCUUUGGCUUGUUUUACUUCUUAAUGUUAAGGUUUGAGUAAAUAUUGUGAGGUGAUUUAGAUCUCUGAUGUUCUUAACCAAUCAAUUGUGGACCUUUCAGUAUAAAGAGGUCAUUGGAAAAGGGGCAUUCAAGACUGUUUAUAAGGCAUUUGAUGAAGUAGAUGGAAUUGAAGUCGCAUGGAACCAAGUACGGAUAGAUGAUGUUUUGCAGUCACCGAAUUGCCUGGAGAGGCUCUAUUCUGAAGUGCGUCUGUUGAAAUCAUUGAAGCACAAUAAUAUUAUUAGGUUCUAUAAUUCAUGGAUCGAUGAUAAGAACAAGACUGUUAACAUAAUAACUGAGCUAUUCACUUCAGGGAGCCUCCGGCACUACCGCAAGAAACACAGGAAGGUGAACAUGAAGGCCGUCAAGAAUUGGGCGAGGCAGAUUUUAAUGGGUUUGAGAUAUCUUCACGGUCAAGAGCCACCAAUUAUACAUCGGGAUCUCAAAUGCGACAACAUUUUUAUCAAUGGAAACCAUGGAGAAGUGAAAAUAGGAGAUCUUGGUCUAGCCACUGUCAUGGAGCAAGCUAAUGCCAAAAGUGUGAUUGGAACCCCGGAGUUUAUGGCACCCGAGCUUUACGACGAGAACUACAACGAAUUGGCUGAUAUUUAUUCAUUUGGGAUGUGUAUGUUGGAGAUGGUGACAUUUGAUUAUCCCUACUGUGAAUGCAAAAACUCUGCUCAGAUAUACAAGAAGGUUUCAUCGGGAAUAAAACCUGCUUCACUCUCCAGGGUUAAAGACCCAGAAGUAAAACAGUUUAUUGAGAAAUGCUUACUUCCUGCAUCCGAAAGGCUGUCAGCAAAAGAGCUUUUAUUGGACCCUUUUCUGCAACUAAAUGGUUUAACAAUGAACAAUCCUUUGCCGCUUCCUGACAUUGUAAUGCCCAAAGAAGGCGCAUUUGGAGACCGUUGCCUUAUGUCUGAAGGUCCUCCUACAACACGGCCUAGUAAAACCUUGUCGAUAGAUCUUGAUGAAGACAGUAACCUGCCUAUUGUUACUUUUAGCGACAAUUCAGGAUCCAGGUGUAUUGAGGUUAGACGCGCAAAGAGAGGGAAUUUCUUUGUCCUCAAGGGUGAAGAAAACGAUGAGCAGUCUGUGUCCUUAAUUCUUCGUAUAGUAGAUGAGAAUGGGCGUGUGAGGAACAUUCAUUUCCUGUUCUAUCAAGAAGGGGACACUGCUUCUAAGGUGUCGAGUGAGAUGGUUGAGCAACUCGAGUUAACUGACCAGAACGUCACGUUUAUAGCCGAGCUGAUUGAUAUACUACUUGUCAACAUGAUACCCACCUGGAAAACCGAUGUCACAGUCGAUCAUCUCAUCCAUUCGCAACUGAAUCAGAACUCAAGAAGUCAUCAUAACGAAGCAAAGCCACAGAAACAAGAGGAGACUGUUUUUCAUGAUACUUGUGAGUUGGUUAGUCACUCGUGUAACUCAGAUUGCCCACGAUCAGAUGAGGAAGAUAAGCAAUGCGUCGAUGCCACCAAAGGAGAAGACAAGAGCUCCAUUCAAGAAGUAGAAGAAGCAACCGAACCAGUAAGUUUGGAGGAAGAAGAAAGGUUAAGACAAGAGCUGGAGGAGAUAGAAGCUAAGUAUCAGGAAGAUAUGAAAGAGAUAGCAACGAAAAGAGAAGAGGCCAUUAUGGAGACGAAGAAAAAGUUGUCUCUGAUGAAGUUAAAGUAAUAGCCAAAAAAGCUCAAAGAAAACGUUGAUACUGAUGAAGAGCUUUUGUGUUUUUAAUCUCUUUUGUUUAAUUUGUUGGUUGGAGGAGAAGUGUAGAAAGAUGAAGGGUUUCUAUUUGAUUAAUUGAGAUUUAAUUUGGUUGGUUGUUACAAGUUAGAACAUAAAAAAUGGUUCCUGUUAAAAUGUUCUAAGAGAUUGUCCAUUAUAUAUGAUUUUGUAUAAA